CUCUUCUACCGCGGUGUGGACGACAGCACCGGCUUCAAGACUCGCAACAUCCUCUGCUUCCCCAUCAAAGAUGAGAGCAAUGAGGUGAUUGGAGUCGCUGAGUUGGUGAAUAAAAUGAACGGGCCGUGGUUCAACCGCUUCGACGAGGACCUUGCCAUGGCUUUCUCCAUCUACUGUGGUAUCAGCCUCGCUCAUUCUCUGCUCUACAAGAGAGUCCAUGAAGCUCAGUUCAGGUCCCACCUGGCCAAUGAGAUGAUGAUGUACCAUAUGAAGGUUUCAGAGGAAGAGGUUACUAAGCUGCUGGUGACGGGGGUUGAACCCGUGCUGGAGUUCCACCCGUGCUUUGCCGAGUUCACGUACACACCUCGCUCACUCCCUGAUGACACCACGCCACUGGGCAUCCUCAGCAUGUUUGAAGACAUGGGUUUCAUCAACACAUACAAGAUUGACCUGAACACUCUGGCCAGGUUCUGUUUGAUGGUGAAGAAAGGCUACAGGGACCCCCCCUACCACAACUGGAUGCACGCCUUCUCUGUCUCACACUUCUGCUACCUGCUCUACAAAAACCUAGGGCUAUCCAACUACCUCGAGGAAAUAGAGAUUCUUGCUCUCUUUGUGUCCUGUAUGUGCCAUGACUUGGAUCACCGUGGCACCAACAAUUCUUUCCAAGUCGCCUCACAAUCGGUGCUGGCUGCUCUCUACAGCUCAGAGGGAUCUGUGAUGGAGAGACAUCACUUUGCCCAGGCCAUCGCCAUCCUGAACACUCACGGCUGCAACAUCUUUGAGAAGUUCAACAGGAAGGAUUAUACACGAAUGCUGGAUUUGAUCAGAGACAUCAUUCUGGCUACAGACCUGGCUCACCACCUACGCAUUUUCAAGGACUUGCAGAAGAUGGCUGAUGAUGGAUACGAUCCAAAAAACCGCAACCACCGCUCCAUGCUGCUGUGCCUCUUGAUGACAUCGUGUGACCUGUCAGACCAAACUAAGGGCUGGAAAACCACUCGCAAGAUUGCUGAGCUGAUUUACAAAGAGUUCUUCUCUCAAGGAGAUCUGGAAAAAGCCAUGGGGAACAGGCCCAGUGAGAUGAUGGACCGAGAGAAAGCAUACAUCCCCGAACUACAGAUAAGCUUCAUGGAACAUAUCGCCAUGCCAAUUUACAAGCUCCUCUCUGAACUGUUUCCUGAGGCCACUGAGCUGUACAUGAGAGUGGCGGCAAAUCGAGAGCAGUGGACCAAAGUGUCCCACAAGUUCUCCGUCCGUGGGUUGCCUAGCAACAACAGCCUAGACUUCCUGGACCAGGAGUACGAGCUGCUGCAGUCCCAGGGCGCUUUCGGGAGCGACGACCACUGCAUCAACGGAUGCCUGGAAGAAGAAGAAGGAGGGAGCGGUCAGUGACGACAGCGGGAAGCUUGAAGUUCUCUGUGGUCCAGUAAGAGGCCGAGGAUACCUUUGGAGUGACCCAAGAGGGAGGGACCUCUCAGCUGUCCAUCACCUAGAUGUUUAGCUGGUCAUGCAGAAUGGACAGAACAAGUUUCAAACUAAUUAAAUCAGAUGAGUGAUUUGAAACGAGCGGAUCCGUCUGAGCCGGUUCAGUGAUUAGACGCCACAUGUUGCUUGUGUCUCUGGUUCAGGAAAGCAGAAGGUGUUGACUUUUGUCUUUUUCAGAAGUUCUACUGGAAAAAUGAGUUUUUAAACACAGGUCACAGGUUCAUUCAUAGAGCACUGGUCCUGAUUAAGAUUGUAAAAACACACACACACACACACACUGACAAACAUAUGUACAUGUGCAUACUGUGUCGACACACAACAGACAAAAAACAGUUCUUAUGGAAAAGACUGCUUCAACAUGUAUCAGUGAGAUAAAGUGCUAUACUUUCUGUAAACUGUUUCCUAAUGGCUUGAUUUUGAUUUCAAUGGCUCAGCGUUGUUCACACACAAGCAGCUGCCAUAGUCCCUCACCUGAUGCUUAUGAAUGCAUGCUGUAUGGACACCUCAUGUAUUAUUCUUUUAUUCUAUGUCAGUGUUGAUUUCUCCAUGGCUAAGAAAUUAAUGCACUCCAUUUUUUAUACCAUCACACACACUUUUUGUAUUCAGCUCUUCAAAAUAUAUUUAAUUAAUUCAUCACCAUGUUGUACGACAGAGAUUUAGUUCAUUUACUCACACAGCGUUAUAACCCUCAUGUGUCCUACAAUUUUGGGAAAAUGUAAGGGACAAAUUGACAAUCACUGAUCAAUGACAGAGUCACAGAUCCCUGGCCAUAACACCAACUUCAUGCAUAAAACGUUAAACACACACUCCCUGUGCUUUAAUCUGCAUGUCACUGGAUCAAGGGUGCAUCUAAACCUCAAAUAAAGGUCGAUCAGGACCUAAAACACUUAAUUUUUCUCUGUCAUCCUUCCCACCCUCUGCCAUCCUUCCUAUUCUCUCGCACCGAUCUCACUUCAUUUUACUUUUAGUUUACUGACUUCCUCAUAAACCACUUUAGAUAGUGAGCAACCGAAGCCCUUUAAAAGAUCCAUCUCAUCUGUUAGUGUAAAUGUGCCAGAGUAGAGCGUGUUAUAUGGAGUGUGUCAUUCAGUGUGUCAUAUGGAUCUGCCUUAUUGCGCAUCUCUGCUGCCUUUCUUAGAGCUUUUAAUAUAUGAAAAUUGAAAUAAAGAGUCUGUUUAAUAUGUAU